AUGCCUCAAUGUCCAUCGUGCGGAAAAAUUCUGAAGGACCACACAUCUGUCGCUCGCCAUAUGAGCCAGCCCCGGUCUGGCUGCAACACGUGGCUAGAAGAUAUCAUCAAGCUUAAUUCCCUCAUUCCACCCUUGGACCCAUCUUCCAAGUCAAAGGACACAAACGUCAAGACUACAUCAGCAAAAGUGAAGGAAUCAGGUGAUGGGCCUAGAGCCACUCAACUAGGCUGGUAUGGUCCACGAUGGAAAAACUUCCUUGAGGUUACGAAGAGCGAGUGCCGCGCCCAACACGCGAUAGAGAACCCAUUCCCCAAACUAGCGAAAGAUUUGACAUGUUCCAUCAACGAGAUACUCAUGGCUUCGCUCGUCGAAUGGCUCGAGGGUGGUCAACAAGUCGAAGAGGGUAUUUGGCCUGAUCGCAAGCAUGAUAUGGCAAAACUGCUGUAUGAGGAUUUAUCAACGUGGCGCUCGGACCUCAAGAAGACCGUUGCCAGUAUUGUGCCCUCCAUGUACGACCUCAUACCUCCAUCUCAUGUCCCACCCCAACAACGUGCUGCCUGGGUUGAAGAAGCUGCCACGGAGUUGCUCAAAGACGCUAUUUUCUUACGCAACGGUGUAGAUGAAAAUGGGAAAACCGAAAACGCCUCUCAUCCUGUGCUCCGCGAGGCUUCUAUCUCUUUCUUCUAUACAGGGUCUUACCGUGUUGCUCGCAGGAGACCUGAGGUCUUCCAGAAGUCUUUACUGCUAGAGUGCUUGGCACUGGUUUGCACCGCGGUUAAUUGUGUCCUAGAUGGCUUUGCUAAGAACGGCAGCGGAAAAUCAUUUCCGAAGUUCACCGCAAAGGAAUACUCUUCUUUGUAUACUGCUAUGCUCACUAACCUGGAAUCGAUCAUGCGUGACCCUUACCAUGGACCGAAAUUAGCGCGGCAACUUCGUUCCUGGGCUGCAGCUGGAUGGCAAGGAGUUUUUGCUUUCGAAGUAUUGCAUGCUGAUGAAGUUCUCACAGGGCGGAGUCCUACAAAGUCGACGGCAAUGUGA